GGCCGCACAGCCCUGCACCACGCUGUGCACAACAACCAUCUACCAAUUGUCAAACUACUCCUCGCCAUCGAUACCAUCGACGUUGGAGCCAAAGAUGAGAACGGCUGGACACCCUUGACCGUCGCCGUUGAAGCCGGCCACACCGCCAUCGUCGCCUACCUACUCACCUCCACCCUUGCAGACCCGCACACCAAAACCAACGACGGCCGCACCCUCCUCACCUUCGCAGCCGCAGGAGGCCACAACCACCUUAUAGCCCGCCUGCUCGCCAUCCCCGGCACCGACGUCAACGCCGCCGACAAUGAUAACUGGACGGCCCUCACCUACGCCACGUUCCACUACCAUGUCGACACGGCCAAAGCUCUGCUC